GGGAGGGGGAGCAGGCUGUCUUGCUGACAUGGCGUCUUGAACGGGAGUAGAGGAUAUUUCGAUCCUUUACGGAUUUCAUCCCUCUUCAUAAAACCUAGUCUACGAUGCAAAGGUUGAAUGACAGAUAAAAGAGUGCAAGAUGACGACGUCCCAGAGGUUCUGCCUGCGGUGGAACAACCACCAGUCCAACCUGUUGUCAGUGUUUGAUCAGCUGUUACAUGAUGAGGCGUUCGUGGACGUCACCCUGGCAGUGGAAGGACAGUUCCUCAGAGCCCACAAAAUGGUCCUCUCCGCCUGUAGUCCUUAUUUCCAGUCACUAUUUGUCGGUCACCCGGACAGACAUCCUAUAGUCAUAUUGAAGGAUGUGCCGUACGCUGACAUGCGCUCCCUGCUGGACUUCAUGUACCGAGGAGAAGUGUCGGUGGAUCAGGAGAGACUCACGGCAUUCCUCAAGGUGGCCGAGUCCCUCAGGAUCAAGGGCCUUACUGAGGUCAAUGAAGAAAGAUGUGAUCUUCCCUCCAUAGCGUCUUCCCUGUUAUCAUCCACGCCCGUAGCUCCUCCACCCCCCAGCUUGCACCGGAUACACCCUGGUGCACUGGGUCACAAGCGGGUGUUGACGCCGUCUCCUCACGGUCACACGGCGCCACUGCUGGGCUCGGCGCUCACGGCACCCAAGCGCAAGAGAGGUCGACCACGCAAGCUGAGCGGCAGCAGUAAUGGUCCUGGCCCUAGUGAUGACACGGACACACCUGACAUGCGGCUGUUGCACCCAAGCAGGCCUGAGUCUCCUGGUAUGGGACCACCAGACCUACUGGAGGUGAACAUGGGAGACAGUGACGGAGGAGGUGCUGGACACACGCCUUUACAUAACGAUGACUCCUCCCACCAUCCCCUAGACACCGAGGACUCCGACACACGGCCCCCUGACAUGGACAUAGAUGACACUCCGGACAUUGACGAGAAGCCCAUCAAACAAGAACCCACACCAGGACCUUCCACUCAAGAUUCAUCGUUCAAAGGCAAUAAUUCCCAAGAAGGCGACAGUGGUGAUCCCUUUAGUCCUGAACUGGAGCUGACAAAAAAGAAUGACAGAGAAGAACCGUUACAACCAUUCCCGUCAGACCCAGAGGAUUAUUAUGAGGAUAUGAUAGCCUGCUCUCCCGCGUCAUCAUUAGAGGACAACAACAAGAGUAAGAAGAAGAAGGAAUUUAGUGAAACAGACGAGCUGUUGGAUGAAGACAUAUCUCAAUACGAGUUUGACUCGUUUAAGUCUAUGAUGGCCGUAGCUGCCAAUACGCCGACCCCCUCUCCGGGGAAGCCUAUAGACAAGGCCUCAGUGAGGCGAUACUGCACGCAUGAAGCGGACAACGCCUACAGAUGCAAUGUGUGCGGCAAGACUUACACACACAUCAGCAACUUCUGUCGCCACUUCCUCUCCACUCACCAUGGCAUGAAGCCGGAGAUACCUUGUCCCGUCUGCUUCAAACUGUUCACUCGUAAAGACAACAUGAUGACUCACACUAAGCAGGUCCAUCGUCUCACUCUACACCGAGGAACUCUACAACCAAUCCCCGACCCUCCUCCCGAGGCCUUCCCUCCUCUCUGAGGCUCAUAGCACCACCAUCUGAUGGAUGUUUUGUAUCUCAAAACUCCUCUGCUAUGUCCUAUACUGGCUAAGAAAUUAAGGGGCUAAAAUAUAAGUAAACAUUUUAUUUUAGCCUGAAAUGAUAUCGUGGGACCUUAAACCUUAUUUUGUGGCGUGUGCAUGAGAAAUCUUUAUAUUGUUGAAAAAAAAUUAAAGGCAUCCAUAAAUAGCUUUUUUGGCAGUACUAAAAUUUCAAAACUGUAAUAUUUUGAAAUGUACACUUUUACAGAAGCCUUCAACACUAUCACUUCGUUUGAAGACAGUUUACUAUAGUAUUACUUCUUAAGAUCUUUAUAAACCUUACAAAAACGUUUGGUAUUAGUCUCUUUAUACAAAAGAACUCUGUUAUGUUUCAUAUUUUAACACAAAAUAAAGUGUAGAACGUGUCGUGUGUCUUCUGGCAAUGACCGUGUCAAACUACAAAACACUAUUCUUCACACUCGUUUUGCCUCGGUGCAGAGUGUCAUCCUAAGGACAAAUGGAUUCGUCAACUGAGCGGAAAUCAAAUCAAAUCACCUUGAGGGGGCACUCUGCAUCAAGACCGGAAUGUCGGUGAUAAAUAGUUUUUCAUGAAGUUUUUGACAUGGUCAUCGCCAGAAGACCAUACCCAAUAAGUUCUACAAUAAAUGGUAGUCUACACUGUGGUAGUCUUUCUAGGAAGGCAAGAAAAUUUGUCUACUUUUUUUAGCAGGCCUAAUAUGCAGUUAAAUAUUUACUCAAAAGUAAAUAAAUAAACAUGUUAUUGGGUGAUGCUACAGCUUGCCUUACACUGUGCCUUCCUAAUACUUUGAUAACGGGGUUAAUACUUUGGGAACAAGAGUUUUGAGAUGCAAAAUGUAUAUUUCAGAUGGUUAAUGUUUAAUUGAGAGAAUCCUUUAUCAUAUCAAAACUGUACGUGCCUAACUUGUCUAAUUGCUGCUAGGUUGUGUUAAAAGCCGUCUAUGAACUGUCUGAAUUGUGAUAGCUCUGCCAAUUAAAAUAUUACCUGUCCAACAUAUUUUCAGAUUGUUAUAGGUCAUUCGAGAUAACAAUUACCUGUCUAAUCAGACUUUUUCUCUAUUGAAAAGUAAUGAGAACUUUUAAGUACUCUUGCCCGAACUGAGCUAACCCUCUAUCUGCUUCGUACUUAUAAACAAACAUGCUUCCUGAAAAAUAUUACCAGACAUUAGUUACCUAUAUAAAAGGCCUGCAAGUUGUUUAAAAUAACAUGUCAUAUCAAGCAUGAAGAAGCACUGUUAACAGUAUAAGAAAUCAGUCCUAGAUCUGGAUACAUGAAAUGUAUAUAGCUUUAUAUACUAAGUUAAAACUAUUUUACUUUGUGAAAGAUAUUUGAUCUUCCCAGUACCAACAACGAAGCCAUAUUGUUUACCUAGUCAAAUGGGCAGCUGUUUUGUAAGUCUUUUAUAAAUGAAAUUAGCCUAAAUCAUAUUUUUAAAGUUCUAUACUAGAAUGUUACACUACCGAUAUACAAAGUUGAACCAAAUCAAAAUGUUAAAUACUUGUUACCCUAUUAUUUUAUAUAGUGUUAAUAUAUAUAUGGGGAAAAUAUUUAUGAAAUGUUGUUACUUGUUACAUUUUUAAUAAAUUUACAUUUUCAUGAUUCAUUUAAUUGUUAAAUCACUAAUGUAGCUUUAUUCAGUGCCUUUGGAAUCUGAUGCAAACUUGUGAUUUGCAACAGAAAAACAUUAUUCCUUCUGCCUUGGAUAAAUUUUGUUAUACAUAAAUAUAUUUAAUCAGUCUAUAACAUAAAGUGUUGAUCAAUUAAUAAAUAUUUUAUACAGCCUGUUCAAUCUAUUGGAGCUAUUUGAUAGCAUAAUUGUUUAUUUAUAUAUAUUUGUUAUAUUUUCCCAAAGUUUUACAUAUUUUUAAGUUGCAGCUUAUGUAAAAUCAUUGACUAUAGGAUAUAUUGCCUUGAAGUAGACUUUCCAUUUCUUUGUUAUAUUUUUAGCAAGUUUUAAAACAAGAAAGUAUUUGAAUUGAGCUACCAAAAAAGUUUGGUAGUUUAACUAUUGUUUUAAUCAUGCCAAAAUGGUGAAUAUUGUAAAUAACAUACCCUUAUGUCCUUGUCAACUAUCACUAUAUAAAAAAGAGGAAAUAACACACUCUAUCUGUAACUACUGUACUAUGUACUACUAUACUGUAACUACGUUCAACUAUGUUUAAAAAAAAAAAACUUGUUGCAGCUUGUCUAUAUAGAUGGAAUGUCUACUUUUGUAUCCCAUGUCAAUGAUAAAAUGGAAUGAUAAUAAAGAAAUUUGUUUCUGUUAGUGAUUUUAUAUUUUGUUUGAUAGUUUAGUUUUAGAUUUUAUAACUAGUCAGGAUUUGCCAAACUAAUAGUUAUAGCCGUUAACUUGAACCAUUGUCUCGUUAAUCAAAUCCAAAGAUGAAGUCUGCGUGGCAGAAUACUUUGUAGCUUAUUAAACUAUUUUACUGUAAUAACUAAUAUAAAAUUGUAACUAUAUAACACCAAGACUUCAGCAUGUUGUUACUAAUCGCUAGAUCUCUUUUUUAUAAAUAAAGUGCCAAAUAAUAUUUUACUAUGUCGUGAGUGAUAUGUGGCAUAUUGUUAUACAAUUCUGCAAGUAUGGUAGAAUCUCGGAAAUCCAACUAGGAAAUUCUGUUCAUGUUGCAGAUGAACUACUUUCCUAAUUUAUCCUAUUUUGACCUGAUUUGAAAUUUGUCCUAAUUAGACCUAAUUUGUCUAAAUUAUCUAAUUUUUUAAGCCUACAUUACAACUCAACCCCUUUACUCCUGUCUGAAAAAGUGUUGGCUUUGGUUUUCAAACUAAGGAUCUUUUGUGUGUAUAUGCUUUGUAGGUAAAAACAAAGGUAAAGAGUAACAUGUAAAACAGUUCUGGGCUUAUGUUCUAGUCUGUGAUGGUGGGAAAUUUUAUAAUUUGUUUCAAGAUGAAAAUACCACACACUCUUUGAUUCGUUGACUCUUUAGAGCUACGCGCGCACUACGGCGGCACGGACGGGCGGUACGGCACGGACGGCAUUUUUAAGAGGGGGUGCGCGCACUAGGGCGGCACGGCACGGACGGACGGGACGGGACAUCCGCACAUCCGCAAUUUAGGACAGUUGACAGUCUGCGAGCUAAAAUUUGUGAGUAAAGAUGGAUGUAGAUAAAGUGGUGAUAGUAGGUUUAAUUUUAGCAGAGGAAGAGGUGACAAGAAGGUGCAAGCAAAGAUUUUAGAUACACCACAUAAACAGGAAAAGACUAAGUUUUGGAGAGUUCCACACCUUGUUUCCUGAUCUUGUAGAAGGAUUAUGUGUAAAGCUUACCUGAUUGUUUCAUAAUAGAUCAUAUUUCUGCCCAUAUACUGUCACGCCGGACGUUAUUAAAAUAUUCCGGAUGUCGCAUGUUGUACAGUUUGGGGUUUUUCUCAACGAGAAAAAUCAACUUACUAACAUCUAUGUUUACAACACACGAAAACACUGCUACUUUGACAGAGAUCAGUUGAGAAUGGCGGAUGUCCCGUGCCGCCCGCCCGGUCGGUGUGCAGUGCUCCCGGUCGGUACGGGCGUCACGGCAGCUCGGAAAUGUCCUGGAGUUCUGUCUCCCGGACUUUUUAACAAACGGCGGAAGCUGCCGAACGUCCGUUGCCGGCCGUACCGCCGUAGUGGGCGCACUCAUGUGACAUUCAAUGUUAUUAACUUUUAAAAAUUGCCGUGCCGCCCGCCCGUCCGUGCCGUGCCGCCGUAGUGCGCGCUCAGCUUAACACUCUUUUCACCACAGAAAGAAUGACAGUGAUGUCUGAAAUAUAGAAAAUAUUUUUAACUAGGAUAUCCGAGAUUCUACAUGAUCGAUGUUUAUAAAACUUUGUUAUGUGUAAAUGUUGGGAUCUAAACAGAGGGAAUUUCAUGUAAUUGCUUUUUGGGAUUUUUGAUGUUUUAUUUGUUGUAGUGGCUUUCUCUUUACUACAUUCCACACAAGAUUCCCGUUCCUUUAACAGAUUUUUUAUUGAUUAAAUCACAGCUAAGCCAACCAGUUUCAACACUUAGGUUUGAUAAGUACUUAAUUUGAAUGUUGACUCCUCAAUUAUCAUACAUUUCUGGUAUAUUUUCAUAAAUUGUCUUUUGUUUGAAUUUUUAACUUAAACCAUUGUACUUAAUCUCCUUGAGCCAGUUUUUUAACACCAAUUUAUAAAAAUCAAAGACAUGAAUGCCUUUUGAAGUUAAACUGAUCUUAGCACCAAAUAUUGCCUAGUCGGGAUGCCAUACUAAAGUACUUAUUGACUUGAUUAAAUGUAAGAUUUCCUUAUUUGGAUAGCCAUGUACUUUAAAAAUAUGAUCCGUUAAUUUAAUUUUUAUUUAGCUUUAAGAUAAAACUGCAAAUUUUACCUCACUUCAGCCUCUGAGUUUCCUGUAUAUAGUUUUGUUAGCUUAUUUAGUCUGGGGCGUGUAACUUUUCUUGUUACCAAUGUUUAGAUUUAGAUUGUGAUUUGCACAUUACUUCUCUUUAUUUAGUGGCAACUAAUUUGCUUUAUAAGUAGUUCUUCUCUAUUAGAUGUGUGUCAUUGUCAUUGCAGAUAUUUAUACUAUGUUGUUUGUAUUUUAAAGGGUGUUGUUUUUGUGCAGCUUUGUUAUCGUCUGAUACCAGUUGACUUUUAGCUGGGACCAUAAUUUAUCUAAACCAAUUAAUGAACAAGAACAGCUGUGUUGAGUGUUGAACCAACCAAUAGUGAUCUUAAUCUGUCUUGAUGUAAAACUAGCAAUUUAAUGUUAAUUCACUUGUAGAUGCACACACAGUCAUGCGUCAAAUUGAUUACUAGAGAAGACAGUAGACACUUAAAUUAAAAUAUUUCCCACUUAAUGUUUGUGUAAAAUCUAAGAACAUUCAAAUUAACAGGUCAACAGGUUAAUCAAGCUUCACAAAAGUGUUUCACUACAGAAGAAAAGUGUUAUGUUUGCUCUAGCAAGUUAAAGUAAAGUAAGCCUAAUGGAUGUUGUUCUGUUAUGCUAGAACCAUCCCUUCCCUUUGGCAAACCACAAUCUUGAAUGCAGUUUAUUUCUUUACUAAAUUGUAACUUUUCAAAUUGAUUUGCUGUGGUUAGUUAUUUCAAUAUUCUUGUUUGGGUUUUUAUUGAAUAACAGUCAUCAUCGGGUAAUUUUAAAAAUUAUUCAGUCUGAGCUUUUUUAAUGUAUUGCUAUUUUACAUGCCAUUAUUAGUUAGUCCUUGCUUUACGCUGAAGAGAGAUACGGUUCAGCAUCGAUUAUAGAAAAUUCAACUUAAGCUUAAUUCGAUCAUCUGUCAAUAUUGUCAAUUUCUUGUCCAAAAGGUCGCAAGUUCGACCCUGAGAAAAGUGUGUAGCUUUUUGCUGGUCCGAACUGGACCCAGCUGUAUCUGAUCAUUGGGCUUUUAGUAAAUUGUCCUAGCUAAUGAAAUAGCUGAUCUUAGUCAGUAACAAAGCUACAGAUAAUCUCACUCCAUUCUACACUCUCUCAUCCUUCACUGAAAUUUGGGUUUAAAUAAACACAUAGGCGGCGUCCCCAUUUCAACUGAGCAAGAGAUUAGUACUAGUCAUGAAAAAAAUUAUUAUAAAUCCUAACAAAGAAAUUUUUAUAGAGCAAAUUUAGUUUUUGGUAUUUAUUUUUGAUGCCAAGACAAGUCGAUAAUUAAAUACAAAUGCUCUGCCUCAAAACCUUUUGUAAAAUUUAAGCUUAGUCAGUUCACUAGUUUUUGUGUCCAUUUAGAAUAAACGGAACAGAAAUCACCUAUAUUUCAUAAUUCAGACAACUGAUUUAUGACCUUUAGAUACAAGUUUGACAACACAUUUAAUUGAUAAGACUACCUUAGUUUGUGUAUUGUUUUACCCACCUGUUCAAGUUGUGUGCAAAUCACAACGUAGUGAUACUUGUUUGCCAUAUUUCUAUUGUUUAUUGUUGGGGUUUAGUGUUUGUGCAAUACGUGGUCAUAGUUUGUUGCGUCGGUGUGCUAGGUUAGUUAGUCAAUGUUAGUCAUAACCCAAAUUAUUGUUACUUUUUACCAAUAGAAUGCCAAAUACAAAGUGAUUUUGUAGUAUUACAUUUGGUAUGUUGAAAAUUAACUGAGUGGGCAAGCAAUACAGUUUUUUGUUUCAUUCCAUUGUAAGAUUUAUUUUAUAUUCACCGUUGAAACAGUUGUUUUUAAUUUCAUCAAGAUGCUUAUGUCCCUGGAAAAACAGUUUUUCUAUGAAGUUUUGUAAUUAUUUAGUUUACUUGUGUUACCUACAUAGUUAGCAGUUAAACCCAUUUUGUAAAUUUGUUAUAAAUCAAACCAUGUUACCAUGUUGCUUGUCCCAUCGACUCAUAUCAGCGUAACCAGUGAUCGCAGGUGCCUUAUUUCACCGUGAGAACCGUUCACUAUUUUUACUGUGUUUUGUCUUGUUAUAAUGGUGAUACUUAAUAUA